UGCCUGCCGGAAGUGCCGCAGCGCGGGCGCCAUGCGGGCCCCGCGGCAGUGCGCUGUGUGCGGGGCGGCCGGGGCGGCCAAGUACCGCUGCCCGCGCUGCGCCGCGGCCUACUGCUCCGUGUCGUGCUGCAGGACACACAGGGAGCGCUGCACGCCGGAGCCGAAGCGGGAGCCAGAGGCCUCUGCAGCGCUGCCCGCCCCGCCCGCAGACAGCCCCUGGUCGGUGGACGACAUCCUGAGCGAAGACGACGAACGGGACCGCGUCCCGCUGCAGAAGCUCAAGCUCCUCGGGGAGUCGGAAGAACUGAGAACCCUGCUGCUGAAUCCACAUCUCCGGCAGCUCCUGCUGACCCUCGAUCAAGGAGUAGACAAAAGCUCCCUCAUGAAGAAGUACAUGCAGGAGCCGUUAUUCGUUGAGUUUGCAGACUGCUGCUUGGGAAUCGUUGAGCCUCCAGAGAAGGAGAAUGUUCUUCCUGAGUGAGCUGCCUUUGGGAACACUUCCCUUUCCUUGAGAUUUUUGCCUUGUGACAGAGAGACCAGCAGCACCCGUGCUGGUGUGGUGCACUGUGCUGGGCACUUCCUCAAGGCUUGCUCGUGCUUUGCUCAUGGGUGUCAGUGCUCCAAUUUAAACAGGGACAUGGUCGUAUUGGACAGAUUUUUAGAUGCUAGGAAUUAAACUUGAUGGAUGUGCUUUCUGAUGGUACAGAAACACUGUCAACCCUGGGAAACAUUGCUUUCCAAUGGCAACAUUAAAUAUAUUUGCAUUUAUUUUAAUCCACAAA